CGUGAGAGGACGCACGCUCAGCGGGGCGCUCACGUGACCAGGGGCGUGCUGCGGCCGCCCGGGCGGACCCGGCGAGAGGCGGCGGCGGGAGCGGCGGUGAUGGACGGGUCCGGGGAGCAACCCAGAGGCGGGGGGCCCACCAGCUCUGAGCAGAUCAUGAAGACAGGGGCCCUUUUGCUUCAGGGUUUCAUCCAGGAUCGAGCAGGGCGAAUGGGGGGAGAGACGCCCGAGCUGGGCCUGGAGCAGGCGCCCCAGGAUGCAUCCACCAAGAAGCUGAGCGAGUGUCUCAAGCGCAUUGGAGAUGAACUGGACAGUAACAUGGAGCUGCAGAGGAUGAUCGCGGCCGUGGACACAGACUCCCCCCGAGAGGUCUUUUUCCGAGUGGCGGCCGAAAUGUUUUCUGACGGCAACUUCAACUGGGGCCGGGUUGUCGCCCUUUUCUACUUUGCCAGCAAACUGGUGCUCAAGGCCCUGUGCACCAAGGUGCCCCAGCUGAUCAGGACCAUCAUGGGCUGGACCCUGGACUUCCUUCGAGAGCGGCUGCUGGGCUGGAUCCAGGACCAGGGUGGUUGGGUGAGGCCCCUGGCUGAGCUGCUGAACUGCCUCAUGUCCCUAUCCCCAGGACGGCCUCCUCUCCUACUUUGGGACACCCACGUGGCAGACAGUGACCAUCCUCGUGGCCGGAGUACUCACUGCCUCGCUUACCAUCUGGAAGAAGAUGGGCUGAGGCCACCAGCGGCCUUGGACUGUGUCUUUUCUGCAUAAAUUAUGGCAUUUUUCGGGAGGGGUGGGGACUGGGGGCCAUGGGCAUUUUUCUUACUUUUGUAAUUAUUGGGGUGGGGUGGGGAGGAGUGGUCUCGGGGGGCAAUAAACCUCUUUCGGGCCACA